CGUCUGCUCCGAAUCACCUGACUCCGAAGAAGCCACAAACCUGCGAGGCCCCGUGAGGAACGAGCAAGAAGAGCCGGUGAGAAAAGGCAAGGAGGGAGCGAGGUGUGUGCGCGCGCGCGCUCGAGAGAGAGCGUCGGAGGUUGCGUAUUGCACGCAUACAUGCAUCCUAGCAGUGGCACCACAGGGAAGAAGUAGUAGCAGUCCUAGAAUUAGUCGAAGAUGUCGGGUCAGACGCUGACAGAUCGCAUCGCAGCUGCUCAGUACAGCGUUACAGGAUCAGCUGUAGCUAGAGCCGUCUGCAAAGCAACCACACAUGAAGUGAUGGGGCCCAAGAAAAAACACCUGGACUAUCUUAUCCAAGCCACAAAUGAGACAAAUGUCAAUAUUCCUCAAAUGGCUGAUACACUCUUUGAGAGAGCAACAAACAGUAGUUGGGUGGUUGUGUUCAAAGCCUUAGUUGCAACACAUCAUCUAAUGGUUCACGGUAAUGAGAGGUUUAUUCAGUAUUUGGCAUCUAGAAACACACUAUUCAAUCUCAGCAAUUUUUUGGACAAAAGUGGAUCACAUGGAUAUGACAUGUCCACAUUUAUCAGGCGCUACAGUAGAUACUUGAAUGAAAAAGCAUUUUCCUAUCGGCAAAUGGCAUUCGAUUUUGCAAGAGUGAAGAAAGGGGCGGAUGGUGUAAUGAGGACAAUGGUUCCAGAAAAAUUACUGAAGAGUAUGCCAAUAUUACAAGGACAAAUAGAUGCACUUCUUGAAUUUGAUGUUCAUCCAAAUGAGCUGACAAAUGGUGUUAUAAAUGCUGCAUUUAUGCUUCUGUUCAAAGAUCUCAUCAAGCUUUUCGCUUGUUACAAUGAUGGAGUUAUUAACUUAUUAGAGAAAUUCUUUGAAAUGAAGAAGGGACAAUGCAAAGAUGCUCUUGAGAUUUACAAGCGGUUUCUGACUAGAAUGACAAGAGUAUCAGAAUUCCUCAAAGUCGCAGAGCAAAUUGGAAUUGAUAAAGGAGACAUUCCUGAUCUUACACAAGUGUUGCUGACCAGAGUUCUAUGUGAUCUGAAAAGCAGUGGUGAUAAUGAAAAGUCCCCAUUUAAAGACUAUACAAUUGAUGAACCGGCUCCCAGUAGUCUUAUGGAGACUCUUGAACAACAUCUAAACAGUUUGGAAGGAAAGAAACCAGGAAACAGCUCUGGCGCUCCUUCACCCUUGGGCAAGUCCUCUCCAGCCACAACUGUUACAUCUCCCAAUUCCACCCCGGCAAAAAGUAUUGAUACAUCUCCUCCACUUGAUCUCUUUGCAACAUCGUCUACAGCGGCUCCAGUCAGUGCUUCCAAACCCUCCAGUGAUCUUCUAGACCUUCAGCCAGACUUUACAUCUACUACUGCGCAAGCAGCUUCAGCAGCUUCUGCUGGAGCAACUUCAUGGGGAGACCUCUUGGGAGAGGAUGGUCUGGCUGGGCUUACCGGUGUUAGUUCUGAGCCACAGAUUUCAGAUCCGUUUGCAACAGAGCCCACCCCAGCUGCUGCUGCUGCUGCUGCUGCUACUACUACUGAAAUAGCACCUGCUUCUGCUACAUCUACAGCUGCCGCUGCUCCUACCUCUGCUGAAGUGGAUCUCUUUGGAGAUGCCUUUGCAGCUUCUCCUGGUGAAGCCCCUGCAGCAGCUGAAGGGGCGGCAGCACCAGCUACCCCAACCCCUGUAGCAGCAGCUCUUGAUGCAUGCUCAGGAAAUGACCCCUUUGCCCCAUCUGAAGGCAGUGCAGAGGCUGCUCCAGAGCUGGACCUCUUUGCUAUGAAGCCCACCGAGACCAGCGUUCCUGUAGUUACCCCUACAACUAGUGCAGCCGCUUCAGUUCCCGCAACUACUCCUACUCCAGCUGCUGCCGUGGCCCCUCCAACCCCUGCUACUACUGCUACUACUACGGCCACUGCCACUACCACUACUGCUACCACGUCUGCUACUACCACUACCACCACCACCACCACCUCCUCCGCUCCUACUCCUGCUCUAGAUAUCUUUGGUGAUUUGUUUGAGUCUGCACCCGCUGAUGCCUCUGCAGCACCUAAGCCAGACGCUACUCCUAGCAUAGACCUGUUUGGUACAGAUGCUUUUUCUUCUCCACCAACUGGAGCUUCUCCUGUGCCUGAGAGUUCUCUAACUGCUGAUCUCUUAUCUGUGGACGCAUUUGCAGCACCAUCGUCCCUGCCCACUGCCUCCCCAGCUAAAGUGGAGUCUUCAGGUGUGAUUGACCUGUUUGGUGAUGCUUUUGGAAGUAGUGCUCCUGAACCCCAGCCUGCAACCCAAGCUGCUUCUAGCUCCUCUGCUUCUGCCGACCUAUUGGCUGGUUUUGGGGGUUCUUUUAUUGCUCCUUCUCCUUCACCUUCCCCUGUUACUCCAGCUCAGGCUAAUAUACUACAGCCCAAUUUCGAAGCUGCUUUUGGAGCAUCACCCUCACCUUCUCCUGGCAGCAGUUCCUUUGAUCCCUCAGUGUUUGAUGGCUUAGGUGACCUCCUUAUGCCAACUAUGAUGCCAUCUGGUCAACCGCUCUCUGCUUCAGGAAUAGCCGCCUCUUCUACUUCAGCUGGAACCAAAGGCAUUGGAAGUGAUCUUGAUUCCUCUCUUGCGAACUUAGUAGGGAAUCUUGGAAUUUCUGGUACAACAACAAAGAAGGGAGAUCUUCAGUGGAAUGCAGGAGAGAGGAAGUUGACAGGAGGAGCCAAUUGGCAACCCAAAGUAGCACCUGCGACAUGGUCAACUGGCGUUCCUCCAAGUGGCCCAAUGACAGGAUCUGGAGCUCCAGCAGGUGCUGCCCCUCCUACAUCAGGUGCCCCCCCUGCACAGCCUACAUCAGGAUUUGGGAUGCAACCUCCUGGAUCAGGUGUCCCAAUGAUGCCACAGCAGCCAGUUAUGUACGGACAGUCUAUGAUGAGGCCGCCAUUUGGAGCAGCUGCAGCGGCUGGUGCACAACUCUCUCCAAGUCCUACACCUGUCACUCAGAGUCCCAAAAAACCACCAUCAAAGGACCCAUUAGCGGAUCUUAACAUCAAGGAUUUCUUAUGAACUGUUUAAGCUGUAGUUUUCUGUCAGGAUAACUGAAGAUGCAAGCUUGGAAUCUGCAAACAAGAAUUUUGUUGCUCGGAGUUGUCCAAGUGAGCCACCACUACCAAACCCAGUGCUUACAGAUUUCUCUCCUACUUCCAAAACGUGUAGCACAGCUGUGAAAGUGAACAUUAGGAAUGUGUACUAUCUUAGUUGUUAUCCCUCUUCUCUCUCUCUCUCUUUCUCAGUUUGUGUACUUGGGUUAUUAUUUAUGUGUUUUACAACUUUAAACAAUGGAUGUAUGUUUCUGAUGCCUUCUUAGUGCUUUUCUGAACCUAUCCAAUAGGGGCAGAUUAUGCCGCUGUUGUGUGGUGAGCCAUUUGGAGCGAUGUGUCUGUGUUUCUGGAGGUCUCCGUGUAAAUAACUUUGGCAAACCUUCUAAUUCCCCCCCCCUUCGAAGUCCAGUUUCUCUUGUAUAUCUGUUAUACAAAAUAAUAGUGUAAUGAUACCAAUGUAGUAAGAAAACAACACUCUCAAUCCUACAAACUCUUUUUGUGUGGAAAACGUCCCCGUCCCCACCAAAUGCAGGAUUCUGAAUUUGUCGUGGAAUAUGUUUUAUUUUUGUGGCACUGUACAUGUUAAAGAUAAUUUUAAAAAUUAAUAUAAAGGAGAGCUCCCAUUUAAUACAUCUUCUUUCAAGUUCCUUUGCAAAGAUUUUUUUCAAAAAAAAUAUUGAACAUACCUUAUCAAAUAUAUUUUAAAAUAUUUAAGAGACUUUUGUUUUCCAUUUUAAAACCAGCUUAUUUAUCAGCUCUUGUUUUAAAUGCACUGAAUAUAAGUAAAGGGCAAGUUCCUUGCCAUGUUGCUAAGAGGGGGGAAAAAAUCCUAGCUGGGAAGACAUUUUAAGGAUUGUCAGAUUAAUUAGGUCACUCAGUGUAUCUGUUGGCAAAUCAUGAAUACUUUUUAUUUUAUUUUUUAUUUAGCUUUUAUGUACAUCUGUUAGUUUGGUGCUUCUCUGUAUAAGCCUUGGACUAGUAGUGUUUUUUCCAUUCCGAUACACCACUAUGUAACUUCCGUACUGUCUGUGAUUAGAGGUUGCACUAAAUUGGAGAACUGCACCUUUACUGUAAACAGAGGAAAAAAAUGUGUUCCUUUAAACGUUUUAGUUUGUUCUCUCAUACUGUUUGUGCUGAUGGCUUGGCUUAAGAUUUUUGACUCCUUAAUAAGGUCACUGUUGAUCAGUGUUACAAGUGGCUUGGCAGCUCUUUGUAAAAGCAUAUUAGGUUGGAAAGAUGUUCACCUAAGUCUUUCAAAUUAACUAUUUAAUCAAUAUAUGGUACCAUUUUUAAAAAGUGGUUGUAUCUGAACUUAUUGUGGGGAUAACAUACACUGUAAUGACAGAGAGUUAGAGAGAGAGAAUUUCAAAGUGGGUUUUCUUUGUAUUUUGAUUUGAGAAAAACCAGUGCAUGUGUACCCUCUGAGAUGCAAUAAAACACCUUGAUCAAAGUAAAUUAAAACAUAAAAGUUGUGUCCUUUGAUUGUUGCCCUGAUUUCGCCAUUUGGUGCUUCUCCCAGGGACACAAUAUCUGCUGACUACAGUUUGACAUGCUUGUUCAGAGCAGGAGACAUCUUGCUCUUUGAGUCUGCUGGCAUUUUAAAUUUUAAAGCUGAGAAUUCUCCAGCCUACUAAAGCAGUCAUGACUGGCAAGUACAACCAUAUGCGUUUUUUUUUUUUUUUUGCUCAGAAGUAAGUCUUGCUGUAUUCAGUGAGGCUUACUCCCAGGAAAGUGAACCAGAAGAAGGUAACAAAGUGAGGAGAAGGGAGAUAUGAGCAAUGCGUGAAAGAGAGUGUGUGAUCUAUGGAUGUAUGGGGUGUGUUUUGAGAGUGAGAAGGAGCAGCUAUGGAUUUGAGGGGCUGGGUCUGACCCAAAUCUACUCUAGCUGGUGGAUCACAAGGUUCUGGCACAAAAAAGUCCCAUAAGCCCAUUGCCCCCCCAAAACCCCUGCACUUUGGUCUAUAAUAGUACCAGAGAAUAAUUAAAUUGCUUUUUCAAAUCUAAAGCUAAUCUCAGUGCUGACCCAAGACAUUUUACUGCCUGAGUUCACAUGGUAAGAAAAAAAAUGCAUCAAACUGUAUUAUUUGUCAAACAAUAGGAUCAAUACAGAUUGUGGUGAAUGACCUGUGAAAACUAGCACUGGAUAUGAAGAAAGUGGUAAUGUGAACAUACCCAUAGUGACCAGAAUUAUAUAUACGUAUAUAUAUACCUAUAUUAUAUAUUAUAUAUCAGUGCUCCCCAACCUUUUUAUCACCGCGGACCAGUCAACGUUUGAUAAUUUUACUGUGGCCCGCUGAGGGGGGGGGGGCGUUUAUUGUUUAUAUUUUAUUUAGAUUGUUUUGAUUUAAUAAUUUUAAUUUAAUUGUAUUUAAUGAUCCUUAGGCGGCCCGGUACCAAUUGAUCCACGGACCGCUACCGGUCCGUGGCCCGGGGGUUGAAGACCACUGUUAUAUAUUACAUAUAUGUAUAUUAUGCAUAACUAUUGUGCAGUUAUACAAUAUGUUAUGGAGGCAUUAUGAGAUCGAUUGUUUUUGAUGCCUUGCCUAUAGCAGCUGCAUAUUGAGUUAACACUUCUAUUGCACUCUCCACCACAAGCCCAAUAUACCUUUCCUGAUUAGUCUCACUGCUAGCUCAGACCUCCCCCCUUCCUCUUCUCUGUGUAUAUCUGUGUAUAAAAUUGGGGUGGGGGUGGGGUAGCUCCAUGUGGAUCACUGCUCAUCUCUUAAAGUAUGAACAUGUCAAAAAGAUAUAGUCCCAAUACAGGUCCUUGGAUGAACCCCAAUUCUCUCUUCUGUGUUAAGAAGUGUGCAUUUAUUCCUACUCCCUGCUUCCUGUUAUUUAACUAGUUAGCAAUCCAUAAGAGGACUUCUAUAUUUAUCCUAUGACUUUUAAAUUCACUCAGGAAUCUUUAGUGAAGGACUUUGUCAAAAGUCCAGGUAAAGAGUGUCCACCAGUUCGAUUUUAUCCACAUGCUUGUUGAUACUCUUAAAGUUUAGUGAGACGGGCCAGGACUUUGCAGAAGAACAUGUUGCUACUGCUUGAUCGUUUUAUCUUAGCAAUUUUCACCAAAGCUUUCCUUGAACAAUGCUUUUCAUCAAAACAGACCUGUGAUUGCCUGGAUCCCUUUUUGAAAAUCGGCUGCUUUCCAUUCCUCUGGUGCAGAGGAGAAUGUAGCAUCAGAAGCCUCCAUUCUGUUCAAUCGAAUGAUCCAGUAAUGGCCAUCUCAGAUCUCAGGCAGAAUUUAAUUUCCUGGUAAGUAGCUGAUGCAGCAACUCAUUUUCAAGCAGGAAAUUUUCUAUAAGGGUAUAAAUAAUUUCACACAUUCAAGUGAGAGAUUGUGUGAUUGUAGUAACUAUUGGUCACCAUAGUGUUGCAGAUAUUUCUGCCGCAUAAAGCCAAGCCAUAGACAGAAAUGGGAGACUCAGUGAGCAAGGAGAUUCCCAGGCCUGUGCUUAAGAAUCCCAGAGUCCAGGCUGUACUGUAAACCGAGUUAUUGGAGAAGAGGUGGGAUCCGCAAUCUCCAGAGUCAGUCUGAAAAUUGUAUUUUCAAGCUGGUGAUUUGGGGGCAAUUUUGGACUUGGUUUAAUGCUGAAAAUUAAACAGGUCUGUUCAGGAACAAAUCCCCUUAAUUUUGGUGAGCCUUGGUUUUUAAGUACAGACACCUAUGAUUGACACCUUAAUCGCAAUUUUUCUAAAUAAUUCUGCACUGCUGGGCUAUGUAAAACUCAAAGGGAAAAGUUAUUUGUGUACGUCUUGGGUGAAGGAUAUUGUGGAGUUCUUGGACAUUUAAUCCCCUUGGUCAAGUCUGGACAUGUGUAGGUUGCAUUAUUGGGAAUUACUGCAAAGUUUUGAGAGCUGACCUUCUUAGCAUACUUCUAUUUUAAUCUUGAGAUAAGUUUCCAAGAUACAGCUGGAGUGGUGUUUCUAAAAGUCUGGCUCCCAACAUGCUCUGAGGGGCUCCCCCGCUCCUGUCCCACUUUUCACCCAGUCAACAGAAAACCAUUGUGGUUGUGAUGCCCCUUUCAAACACUGGCUCCCUCCCUCUUCUCUUCUCUUUUCCUUCCCUGUAUGGUACUCUGUUUAAAUUGUGUGUGUAUAUGUAUAUUAACAUUAAAAAUGAAACAUAAAAUAUAAA